UAGCUGGCGACCUGGGACUCGGUUCAUGGACUGAACGGCAGUCUGAAGGAGAGUCGGAUAGAGAACGGGAUGCAGGGAGUGACUGUGAAGGUGGUCACUUUACUGGAGGAUCCGUUCGUCAUGGUGGCUGAAAACAUCCUCGGUCAACCAAAGAGAUACAAAGGUUUCUCCAUCGAUGUCCUGGAUGCUCUCGCCAAGGUCCUGGGCUUCAAAUACGAGAUCUACCAGGUCAGUGACAGUAAAUAUGGAUCUCAGCUUCCCAACGGUUCGUGGAAUGGAAUGAUCGGUGACCUCAUCAGUAAGAGGGCGGACCUGGCCGUGUCGGCCAUCACCAUCACACCAGAGCGUGAGAACGUGGUGGACUUCAGCAAACGUUACCUGGACUACAGCGUCGGGAUCCUGCUGAGGAAACCUGAAGAGAAGAUCAACAUCUUUUCCUUGUUUGCGCCCUUUGACCUCGCCGUGUGGGCGUGUAUCGCCGCCGCCAUCCUGGUGGUGGGCGUGCUCAUCUUCCUGCUCAACAGACUGCAGACGCUGCGCUCGUCCAGUGCUCAGAACACAGCAAGCGGCCAGAGCGGCGGCGGCGUGGGCUCAGGCUCGCUCCACAGCGCCAUCUGGAUCGUCUACGGAGCCUUUGUUCAACAAGGUGGGGACAGUGUGGUCAGUUCUCUGGCUCUCAGGAUCGUCAUGGGCAGCUGGUGGCUCUUCACGCUCAUUGUGUGUUCAUCGUACACGGCUAAUCUGGCAGCUUACCUCACUGUGUCACGCAUGGACCACGCUAUAUGGACAUUCCAGGACUUGGCACGGCAGAUUAACGUGGACUACGGGACGGUGCGAGACUCAGCCGUCUAUGACUACUUCAGGAACAAAGGCACCAACCCUCUGGAACAGGACUCCACCUACGCUGAGCUCUGGAGAACCAUCAGCAAGAACCACGGACUGGACUACUGUGUGUCCAGUCCUUCAGAGGGAAUACGCAAGGCUAAGAAGAGUGCAUAUGCGUUCCUGUGGGACAUGUCAGUGUUAGAAUACGCUGCUCUGACAGACGACGACUGCACCAUCACUGUGUCAGGAAACAGCAUGAGCAGCAAAGGCUACGGCAUCGCCAUGCAACAUGGAAGUCCUUACAGAGACCUGUUCUCCCAGAGGAUCCUGGAGCUCCAGGACAAAGGAGACCUGGACAUCAUGAAGCAGAAGUGGUGGCCUCGCACCGGUCGCUGUAAUCUCAACACUCACGCCGGCUCCAGUCCCGACGGCCGCUCCCUGCGCCUGCACAGCUUCGCGGGCGUCUUCUGCAUCCUGGCCACCGGGCUGCUGCUGGCGUGCCUGGUGGCGGCACUGGAGGCGUGGUGGAGCAGCAACCGCUGCCGGCAGGAGCAGCCCAAAGAGGUCACUAAGGAUUUCAGACUGGCCAGGGUUUAUAAUGACAUAACAGCUGCUUCAUCGGAGGGGAGGAGGGACAUGUGGACAGACAGAGAGAGAGGCUGGGAUGAAGCAGAGGCUAUUGAUACAGGACAAGGAGGUGAACCUGGAGCAGGUGCACCGCCGUAUGAACAGUCUUUUGGACGAGGACUUGGCGCACAAGCAGAUCCCCGGUCCGUCUAUCGAGAUCUCUGCGCUGGACAUAGGCAGCAUGCAGCCCAGCCCGGCCUCGCUGGCGUCAGGGGCGGAGUCUGUGCGGAACUACCACCACCCGCCCUCGGGCCUCGCUGUGACCACCUUCCUCCCCGGGGAGGGGGCGCCGCCUCCUCCUCUUCCCCUACCUCACCAUGGGGGGACCCUCAGCAGGACGCUGGCCCCGCCCCCGGGCGUUGGCAGCAGCACGCUGCCGCUGCACCACCCACUCAGCGGCACCAUGCAGUGCAAACACCGGGCCCCCAACGGGGGAAUGUUCCGCCAGAGUCCUGGCAAGACGCCCAUGCCAAUGUCCUACCAGGGAGUCUCCGCAGGACCCAGACCAGAAGCCAUUGACCCCGCCCACAGUACGUCCAUAUAGUGCUACAGGCAGGGGGCGGGGCUUAAGUGGGACAGGACAUGGUCGAACUGUGUCACUGGUAACUCGGUGUCUGGACUUUGGUUCUGGAUGUGAAUCAGUUCUGAGCGGAAAAAUAUUAUAGACGACAAAAAAACAACAA